AUGUUAUUGGAUUGUUUAGGGAUAUGCAAAGGACAAAGAGGAACCCGACGAGAUGACGAUGGUGAGCAUGAUUUCUUCGUGCACUGUGAGGCACCGGAUUUGGGGAAGUGGUUGCAUGCUUAUAUUGAGAAGAAGGCGAUAAAAAAAGACCUCGAGGUUAGUUCUGCACUUGGUAAUAUAUAUGCGAAGUAUGGAUGCAUUGAGAAGGCAAAGGAAAUUUUCGAAGUGAUGCCAGUUAAGGAUGCCAAAGCAUGGAGCACCAUAAUUGUUGGAUUGGCCAUCCACGGGCAUGCAGAAGAAGCAUUCGAAACUUUUGCAAGAAUGGAAGAAGCUAAGAUUGAGCUAAAUAAUGUCAAACACUUAUUGGUGUGUGCUAUUAACAUGUACCCACAAUGGUCUAGCUUAUGA